UCAUCAAUAAUCCUGUUCAUUCUUCCAGCAGCAUUCAGUAAUCCAUUAGAGCCUAUUGUGAAUACCGCAAAGGGUCUGCUCCCCGGACGUGAGAUCGCCUCCGUCCAUGCUUUAUUAGAAGUCCGACCACUGUAACUUGGUGGACUGCUGUUAUCUCGGCAGUGCUGCACACUACCCACCGUGUUAUCCAGCCUACCUUACAACCAUGCCGCUCCCUGAAGUCGAUCUCUCCGCCCUACCGAGCGAAUACGGAGCAGCGGUGAAGGCUGUUCGAGCCAAAGUGCCUGCAGCGCUUGCCAGACCUGCAUGGGGUAUUAUUUGUGGUUCAGGGCUCUCGGGCCUGGCAGGCUCCUUGAAGGAUAAAGUGGAGAUUCCUUACGAGCAAAUCCCCGGCUUCCCAAACUCGACGGUGCAUGGGCACAAGAGUAUACUCGCAUUAGGAUUCUUAGAGCAGGGUGACAAGAGGGUUCCAGUCGUAGCAUGUCUGGGUCGAUUCCACAUGUACGAAGGCCAUUCGCCUCAAGACUGCGUCUUUCCGACUCGUCUUUUCAGAUGCCUAGGCACCCAGGCCAUUGUUGUCACGAAUGCGGCAGGCGGUAUCAACCCCAACUUUGAAGUCGGUACGAUUGUUGCCAUGCAUGACCACCUUUCACUACCAUGUUUAACCGACAAGAACCCGCUGAUCGGCCACAAUUUGGACGCAUUUGGCUCCCGAUUCCCACCUCUUUCCAAUGCUUACGAUAUUCCCUUGCGACUGGCUCUGUUUCGAGCAGCGAAUGCGCUCAAUCUCUCCGCCAAAGACAUGCAACAAGGGACAUACGCUCACGUGUCCGGCCCGACAUACGAGUCCAGGGCCGAGUGUCGCUUCCUGCGAAGCAUCGGCGGCGACUGUGUCGGCAUGAGUACCGUCCCUGAGGUCAUUGCUGCUCAUCACGCUGGCAUGCGGGUGCUGGCAAUCAGCUUGAUCACCAACAAGGUUGUGGUCGACGAUUAUCUGGACGCACGCAAAGCGCUGCAAGAUCAGGCUAAUGGCGGAGAUGCGCUCGGCAAGAAGACCGCAGACGCAGACACAGCAGCGGCAGCGAAUCACGAAGAAGUGCUAGAGGUCGGCAAACGCAGAGCGGAAGACAUCAGGAAACUUGUAGAAACGGUCAUCUGUCAGACCGACCUAGAUUAGUAAAAUGAACAUAUCUAUGGCUAAACUGCU